UCCUGUCAGCUGCACCUACCACAGUAGACGAUAAGGAGUCGCUCACUCCCCCUCCCUCCUGGUCGUCAGUGGCUCCUUCCCGGGGCCGUGUCUUGUGUGGGAGGGUUAGUUUACUCCACACGUGGGGGGAGUUUCCUCUCGCCCUCACAGUUAUCAGCAGCGGUAGCAUGGCGGAGAAGGACAGAGCGGGCAUCAUCUCCCCUCACACGCCGGUGUCCCGGCUCUCCAAGGCCCUGUCACACACCCACCUGGACGUGCUGGACCAAGAAGCAUCAGCCAUGCAGCCCCCGCGACCACCAGGCCCACCCAGCAGCAGCCGCAAGAGGAAGCUGUCCAAGAGCCAGAGCCUGUCCGGGUCCCAGGAGAGCCUGAGCAGCAUAGUGAGCGAGGCCCGGGUGCUGGUGGUGAACACCGGGGGCACCAUCGGCAUGAUGUACCACAACGAAGUUUUGGCCCCUCAGGCUAAUGCUUUCGCCAAGUCCCUGAAGAAGCUUCCCAUCCUACACGAUGAGCAGUAUGCCCGGGAGACCAAGCUCUACGACUUCCACGAUUUUCCUGAAAAUACCUUGGUUCUCCCUCUUUCCAAGCAGAAUAAACGUAUUGUGUACACCGUACUGGAGUAUUCCCCACUUCUCGACUCCUGUAAUAUGACCACGGACGACUGGGCCAAAAUCGCCAAGGACAUCGAGAAAUACUAUGAGCAUUACGAUGGCUUCGUCGUCCUUCACGGGACAGACACUAUGGCUUACACUGCCUCUGCUUUGUCCUUUAUGUGUGAGAACUUGGGGAAAACCAUUGUGCUGACCGGAUCCCAGGUUCCUAUCUAUGAGAUGCGGAACGAUGGUCGUGAUAACCUGCUGGGGGCGCUGUUGAUUGCUGGCCAGUUUGUUAUUCCAGAGGUGUGUCUGUAUUUUCAUCACAAGCUCUACAGGGGAAACCGGGUGACUAAGGUGGAUGCUGGAAGUUUCAAUGCGUUCGCAUCUCCUAACUUGCCUCCACUUGCCAACGCCGAAGUUGAUAUUACAAUUAAUUGGGAGACGGUUUGGAGAGCAAACACUACGAAGAAGUUCCACGUGCACACAGACAUGAACAGAAAUGUGGGUCUGCUCCGAAUAUUUCCCGGAAUCACCGCCGCCACCGUAAAAGCUUUUCUUCAGCCCCCCAUGGAGGGCAUUGUGCUCGAGACCUACGGCACUGGAAAUGCCCCCAACUGUCGAAUUGAUUUACUUCAAGAACUGAAGGCCGCUACAGACCGCGGCGUGGCGAUUAUCAACUGCACGCAGUGUUUACGGGGCUCCGUCUCUGAGUCUUACGCAACUGGAAAGUCUCUUACGGUGGUCGGAGUGAUUCCUGGAGGCGAUUUGACUCCAGAAGCUGCUCUGGUGAAGUUGUCCUAUGUUCUUGGCAAAACUCACCUCCCACUGGAGCAGAAGACCCAGAUGCUGUUUGAGAACCUCAGGGGUGAGAUGACCGCCAGUGCAACCGGAGCCAAAAUUUCCCUGAGAGACAGCAAGUUCAUUCAGGUUGUCGCCAGGUCUGUUGGUGUGAGCUGCAAGGAGGAGUUGGAGGCUGUCCGAGACGCGCUCACUCCUGCCCUGGCCUGUGCGGCUGCUAAAACUGGAGACAUUGAUGCCCUGGAAGCAAUAAGGGACAUGGGAGCUAACCUGAGCAGUGAAGACUAUGAUGGAAGGACACCACUACAUGUCGCUUGCUGUGAGGGACAUUAUCACGCGGUUCAGUACCUUCUGAAUAAUGGAGCUACAGUUUACGCCAAGGACCGUUGUGGAGACACACCAUUGAUGAAUGCAGUAAAGUUCAGACAUAUCGAGGUGAUAAAGUUGUUACGUCAGACGGGCGCUCAUCUGUCCUGGGAAGAGCUGGAGCACAGUGGCACUGAACUAUGCAGCCUGGCGUCCAUUGGAGAUGUGGAAGGGUUAAUUGCCUGGGACAUGGCCGGGGUGGACAUGGACCAAGCUGGUUAUGAUGGGCAGACUCCAUAUCAAGUUGCUGAAGCUGCGGGCAAUGAAGAAGUCUUGGAAUUUUUUCAUCAGAAGAGAGGACCGGUAAGAUUUUCCUCAAUGGCAGCACAAGUGACAAAGAAAGCUAGCUGCCUGCGUAAUUGAAGAAAUCCGGCAUUUCAGACAUUUUGGUGGCAGAUUGUAGUCCUAUUCCUAAGCACAUUGGGGGAAAUGUAUCAUCUCACUGGAAAAAUGUAAAAACUGAACAAAUGUGGUGUGUCUGCACUGCCCUUGCCACUUUCUGAAAAACAGGGGUGGCGGGGCCAGUGGGUUUGCCACAUUUAUCUUCAUUUGCACCUAUUUUAUAGGUGCCCGUUGAGUUAUGACAUAUCAUUUCUUGGGCUACUAGGAAUCCAGCAGGCGGUUCCAUCGCUGGAUCUGUCAAAACGUAUGCAAACUGAUGGCAUUUCUCAGACGGAUCAGGAUCCUGAUCCAUAUGACAAAUGCAUUAAAAUACCGGAUCCGUCUCUCCGGUGUCAUCC